UUCUGCCACAGAAUUUCCAGAGGAAAAUGGGACCAGGAAAUCACUCCACAAUGACUGAGUUCAUCCUUGCUGGGCUAACAGACAAACCAGAACUCCAGCUGCCUCUCUGUCUUUUCUUCCUGGGAACCUACAUGGUCACAGUGGUGGGGAACCUGGGCAUGAUCACACUGAUUGGGCUCAGUUCUUGCCUGCACACACCCAUGUACCAUUUCCUCAGCAGUUUGUCCUUCAUUGGUCUCUGCCAGUCCACUGUCAUUACCCCCAAAAUGCUGGUGAACUUUAUGACAGAGAAGAACACCUUCUCCAAGCCUGAAUGCAUGACUCAGCUUUACUUCCUCCUUAUUUGUAUUAUAUCAGAAUGUCAAAUGUUGGCUGUGAUGGCGUAUGAUCACUAUGUUGACAUCUGUAACCCACUACUUUACAAUGUCACCAUGUCUUAUCAGGUCUGCUCCUGGCUGGUAGUUGAGGUAUAUAUGAUAGGCUUGAUUGGUGCCACAGCCCACACAGUUUUGUUCUUCAGUGCAUUUAAUAUUCUUGCUCCAACCUUGACCAUCCUUGGCUCCUAUGUCUCCAUCAUUGCUGGCAUCCUGGGAAUCCACUCCACAGAGGGCUGUUCCAAAGCCUUCAGCACGUGUAGCUCCCACAUCUUGGCUGUUACAAUCUUGUAUGGUUCUGCAGCGUUCAUGUACCUGCAGUCAUCAAAUGUCAGCUCCAUGGACCAAGGCAAAGUGUCUUCUGUGUUUUACACCAUAAUUGCUCUAAUACUGAACCCCCAAACUAUAGCCUGA